GCCACCCGGCAAGAGGCUGCAGCCAAGGCACUCGGACUCCAAGCUUGUUGCGGUCGCGAGUUCUUGGCAGAUUGGAGCAGAAUGUAUCGACAACGAAGGCCACUUGGCCGAACCUCUCACGUCAGGAGCGGCCGCUGGUGGUGAAAGAGAAGAGGAGGCCAGCCGCGUGAGUAGCGGCGACCACAGCCCGUCACUACGGGCAAGCCCGGCCAGAAAGGCAAGGGCCGAAGGAGUCCGGGUGAGACCCGGUGGCGAUCAGCAGCUGCAGUCGCCUGGACAGCCAGUGGACGCACCAACAGCAGAAAGGUUGAGCUACGUUGAGGGGCUUCGGUUGCAGUCAGCACCGCAGCUUGGAGACCCCGACUUCGUGGACCACAGAAACCCAGUGCGAGGAGGAAUUCCUGCGCACAGUGCAGCGUCAACAGCGGCGCAAAGAGGGUUCAAUCGCUUUGCAAGGCGAUACCCGCACCUGGCAGAGCAGGUGAGACGCAACCCAGGGAGGUCGUCAAGAAACUCCUACGCAAGGGAGACAGGAGGACGUCGGGUAGCUCACGGACUACUUGGCGAAGGGCUUGAGUCAGUGGACGAGAACGCUACGCAGACAGCAUCCGAGGAGGUGCUGGAAAGAAUCAGGCAGGACCUGAGAAGUGAGACCGACGAGGACGAGACAGUCUUCGUUGACGGCGUCCCCGAAGAGGACGGCAGCAGCAGCUCUUCGGCGCCCACGCAGGUCACCAGGACCGUGGGUGGAAGGGCAGUGACAAGACUCCCGGAGGAUCGAGACACCGUGAUCCCCGAGGACAACCAGACCGAGUUCUCAGAAGCAACGCUGACUCACGCACCAACAAGCGUGUGGUACAGCGUAGACGAAGAAGAAACAGACAAGGCCGCAGAGCAGGCCACAGAAGAAAACGAGCAGCAAGAGGCUGCUGAGGGCGACUCAGGUGAAGUUGGGCAGGAGCAGUACGAAGACAACUACUCUUCGUCCAGCUACAGUACCGGGUCGUACAGUACGUCAAGGGCGAGCUCUUCGAACUGGUCUCACGGAAGGGAUCAUUGGGAGCGCUACGAGCCCUACCACGCGAACUACAGGUUCCAGCACAACGAGUGGCGCAACUGGGCCGACUGGGGAGCUUACGGACAAGCAUACGGUUAUCACCGAGGACUGCACGAUGCGAAUGGAUUUGAAAUUUGGAGGCGAUUGGUUCGACUCUCAGAACCCUCCUACCGCACCAAGGUCGCCAAUAAGGUUGAUGAUGGAGGUCCGAUGCCAAUGGACAUCGGUGGAAUUUCCAAAGGAAAAGGUUCCAAGGGUGACAAAGGAAAAGGCAAAGGUGGAAAAGGAAAAGGUAACUACGACCAGAGUGCAAAAGGAGACAAGUCCUGGAAAUGGCAAUACAGCGACAAAGGUACUGGAAAAGGAAAGACAAAAGGCAGCCAUGAGAAAGGAAAGGGUCAGGAAAAAGGAAAAGGAAGUAAAGGUAAAAGUCAGAACGACAAAGGAUCAGGCAAAGGAGGUCAGGUGAACAGCAGCCGACUGCUGGUGGAAGGAGCAUGUGAGAGUGUGGCAAAGCAAGGAGACUUUUCAGGUGCAAUUGACAGCACUAAGGCCAGACCGCUGUUCAGUGUCCAAGGGAAUCCACUUCAAGUGCAUGGGAAACAGUACCCAGCUGUUCAGCUUGGCCGACUCAAAGGAAACAUUGAAAUGACAGUGACAGAUUCGGCAGAAAGCUUAGUUUCAGUCCACAGCUUAGUUGCAAAAGGACAUGAAGUGCAUUUCACUAAGGACGCUUGUUGGAUGGUCACCAACCAAGGCGAAAACGUCCCACUUGAGCUCCAUGGGAAAAGAUGGUAUCUCAAGGUUCAGCACUUCGCCGGUUCAGUAAAUCACGAUGGCGGAUCACCUUCGGGGAAUCACCCGGAAGUCCACUGUCGGGUAGCACCGGUCGAAGCAGGUCAGAAGAUUGAAGAGGAGAAGGAGCCUGAUGAGUGGAGACGAGAGAAGAAAGAUGGAAAUGACUAUCUCAUUCGAGUUCACAACACUCCGGGAUUCCAGCUCUUUUCGCCGAGCAAGAUGAAGGAGCUUCCUGUUUCGCUCCACUCCAUCCUGCCAGGAAGAUUGACAAAGAUGGUGUUCAGUGAAAAUGGAGAACAGGCCGAGGACGAAAGUCUUUGGACCAGACGAGGCACAGCGUCAAAGAACAUGGGAAAGGAAUGGCUUGGAGAAAGCUGGUUUCGAUUGAAAGAUGAAGAAGAUGAGGAGACAGCAGAAGAGAUUGACGAGAAAGAGCUGAUGCCAGCAGGUAUGGUGAAUGUGGAAGCAACACAGGAGGAAUCACUUCGAUUGCUUGGGAAAGGGGAGAGCACAGAGAAAGGAGAUGCAGAAACUGAUGGAUAUGAACCUUCCAUAGCUGACACAGAGGAUUUAGAGAAAGCCAUGGAUGUAGGCGAACCUGAGGUGCACAAGGCAAACAUCGAAGCACCACCGCAACCUUCAGCAAAGGAGCGGGAAGAACACAGACUACAUCACGCGAACUUCGAAGCAUGGUGUGAAGUAUGUGUGCAAGGACAAGGCAAAGACAAGCACCACAAGCGGAAAGAGGAAUCAAAAGAACAUAUCAUCUACUCAGACUAUUUGUUCUUCAACAAGGAUGGACACAUCAUUGACAAGGAGACCGGAUUGAAGCAGAAGGGCUUGGUGACGGUGUUGACAGCAAUUUGCAAAGACAGCCAAUUCCCGUUUGCCAUUGUGGUACCAGCGAAAGGUGGCAACGAGUAUGCCAUCAAAGCGCUUAUCACGUGGAUUGAGGAACUUGGUUGGGACAAAGUCACCAUUCAGGUGGAUCAAGAAAACUCACUGCACAAGCUCUAUGAUGAGGUCAAGAAGAGAAUGCCGGAAAAGAAAGUCAAGCUGAGAAAAUCACCUCGCUACAGUUCACAAUCUUUGGCUGAUGGCGAAAUGGUGAAUGGCUUGAUUGCGGGAAAAGUCAGGACAUGGAUGGCCGAGAUAAAUGAGAACUACAAGAUCAAAGCCAGCUGUGACCAUUACAUAUUUCCUUGGGUGGUCAGACACUCAGCAUGGACUUUGGCCAGGUUCCAUAUCAACAAAAGCAGAACGACUCCAUAUCGAAUAAUCUCAGGUGCCGAGUACACAGGCGAGCUGAUUCCGUUGAGGGAGACAGUGAUGGCAAAGUUCCCUCGAGCAGCUAACGAGAAGUCAGCACCUAGGUGGAUCAAAGCGAUUUAUGGAGGCAAAACCAGCAGUUCCGAUGAGCAUCUUGUGCUCACAGAAUCGGGAGCUCAGAAGUACCGCACUGUGAGGAGGUUACCAGGUGGUUCUCAGUACCAGAAGGAGAUCUUCGACAAGAUGCGGGGAGCACCGUGGAAUGCAGUUUUGGGAAUAACCAAAAGCAAGCCGGAUGCAGUCGUAUCCAGGAAGGCUUUGGUUUCAGCACCAGAAGUGGCAAGCGAAGAGGUCUACGACUUCAAGGAAAAGCCAGAACAAGAACAAUCGUUGGCAAUUGAAAUUCCAGCGCCCAUGGUUAGAUUCCAGGAGAGCAAAAGAGAAGAUCGAAAAGAGCCAAAGGAAGCUGGAAGCAGCAAAGAAAGCAAGAUGACCGUGGAUGACGAAGGAGAAAAGGUUGAGAUUGAAGAACCGGAUCCAAAGAGAGUCAAAGCAGAAGCAGCAGGAUCAGGGUCAGCGGCAGCAAGUGCCGGACUACUGGAAAGGUAUGACAUCUCAACACCAGAAGAUGCACAGAUGAGCAGACGAUCAACCGUAGAGGUUGAGGAGACCGAGGUCAGUACAACCCAAGACAUGAUCGCGGCAGUUGCUCAAAAUGGUGAAUGGAGAUAUGCAGGAGAGAAAAGAAAAACAGGUGGUCACUAUGACAAAAUACAUGAGUACAAGAAAUGGCUGGAAAAGAACGGAAGCUAUUUUGGCAGUUCCACACUAGCCAACAUCAUGGACUACCUCGACAAUGUAACCAGAGACGAAGAAGUUCUCAGAGAAGCCAGGAAAGAGGAAUUGAGAAAGCUGAAUGAAGUCUAUGGAGCUUUCAAACCCAGAGACAGAAGAGAAUUGAGCAAAGAACUCACGGUGUUUGGACACAAAUGGGUGGACAAAGUCACCGAAGGAAUAGCGAAAUCUCGAUUGACAUGCCAAGAUUUCAAAAGAAAGAGCCAAAGUGAAGACAAAGACAGUUCAGAGACACCUAGCAAUUUCUGUCCUACUCCACACGAAGCAUCAAAGAAGAUGGUGGAGGUCUACAGUUUGUUGCACAACUUGCCAAGGGUCCAGGCGGAUCUUUCAUCGGCGUUCCUGAUCGCGAAGGACCAGGGAGACAGCAAAGGCCAACCAGUCAUGAUGAAACCUCCACAGGAAUGGUUGGAGGACUACGAUGUCUGGUUAGUUAGCCAACCUAAGGAAAUUCAGGACGAGUUGAAGGACGUGCCAGCCUCAGAAAUUGUUUGGCAGGUCGAUGGAAAUUUGUAUGGAAGACAAUCAGCUGCAGCACAAUACCGUGACAGACUAGAAGAAAUACUGACAGAGGAAUUGCCCAAAGAAAAGUAUUCUUUCACGAGGGGAAAACUGGAUGCAUGUGUUUACAAAUGUCAACUGACGGGACAGUAUUGA